GUGUAGAUGUUUACGAGUAGUACUCAGUGUUAAAGUCUUACGUAAGAUAUGCAAUGAAUUGUCCAUAACGCAAACCUUGAGGAAAGUAUUAGAUACAUUCUUACUAUGGAAAAUUCAAAAUCUAAAAGUAAAGGGCACGAGACCAAGCAUCUCCGAUCUGGAAACGAUGAUUUUGUCAUCAGUGUCGUAACGAAUGGCUCCUACAGCAUCAUCAUCAAUGGUACAACUUGGCUGAACAAUGCGCCUACGUAUUUCAACGCCAACAACAAAACGUACAAUAGCUCGGACGGAACGCUGAAGCUGGUGCAAUCAAGCGCGACUUCCGGGACGGACAAAAUCGGACAAUGGCAGUCUACCAUGUUCUUGUAUGAGACAAAUGACGCAGCGGCUGUCCAAUUUACAGCUAUCAUCAAGACUUAUCAGCAGUUGCCUAUCAUAAUAUUCCAGCAAUAUUUCAACGACGGUGCCACCUGGGCUCAGGCGUCUACCUAUGAGUCAUUGUGCGGUGGUUUCCCUGGGUUUAAGAUGGAAGGUGAUCCUGGAAAACUGGGGUUUCUUUCCUUCGGAGGCCUCAUGUUUGGCGACACGAAUAAACAUAUAGGAAGCUGGUCAAACCAAACGAGUACUAUAAAUGACGGUAUAACAGGUGGCCCUCUGGCUCUGUUCGAUCAAGAUGGGCGAACGCUUGUUAUUUCACCUUUCAACAACUUUAUGUCAGCGUCCUUCCUCCAUGAUCAAAAUAAGGGAGGCAACUACUACGGUGGCAUAAUGGGAGGUGUGUCGACUAUUCCCGCAAAAUACCAUCAGGAUUUCAUCAUGUAUUAUGGCAAAGGCAUAAAUAAGGCGUUUGAAGGAUGGGGCAAAACUUUAAGAAAUUUCUAUGGCAAGAGCACAAAACAACAAGAUGGCGAUAUCACUAUAAAAUAUCUCGGAUACUGGACAGAUAAUGGUGCGUAUUACUACUAUCACACGGAGAAUGGUACGAAUUAUGAACAGACGGUCCUUGGUGUUAGGGAUUACGCCAACAAAAUGAAUAUACCCUAUAGGUAUUUUCAGUACGAUUCGUGGUGGUAUUACAAAGGGAUUGGUGGCGGCGUGAAGACCUGGGUCGCUAGGCCGGACGUAUUUCCUGAUGGCUUUGAAAAUGUUACAAAAAUGAUAAAGUACCCAGCAGCUGCUCAUAACAGAUACUGGGCUUCGGAUACAACUUAUGCUAAACAAAAUGGCGGGAAAUACGAUUUCAUUGUUGAGAAGUAUAAAGCCGUACCGAUCUCUAAGCAGUUCUGGAUGGACCUUUUUAGCGAAGCCAAAAAAUGGGGCAUGGUGCUAUACGAGCAGGAUUGGUUAAAUGUUGAAUUUAGCGGCUUGAAUGCGUUUCUACAUGACCUUGACCUUGGAGCGAAAUGGCUGACCCAGAUGGCGGAUGCAGCGCAGGAUAGCGGUAUCUACAUCCAGUACUGUAUGGCCAAUCCUAGACACGCAAUGCAAUCCCUUCUGUAUCCGGCAGUCACACAGGCUAGGGUAUCCAAUGAUUACCAUCCUGGGGAUGGCCAAUGGAGCAUCGGAAUAUCUUCUAUUUUCGCAGCGGCGAUGGGCGUGGCUCCAUACAAAGACACAUUCUGGACUACAGAGGUACAACCUGGAAAUCCAUACGGAAGCGAUGAGAUUGGAGCUACAAAUGAUCGUGUUGAUGAGAAAUAUAGAAACAAUUUAAGUGGCGUGGAGGGGGCUACAAAGUAUCUAUUGAUAGAAGAAAGAACAAAUUAA